AUGAAUUGGAUUGCAUGGAUAUUGAUAUAUCUUCUCACCAUUAACCCGAUCAUUAAUCCGUUGAUCACUUCACUAAUCUAUGCACCGUACCGUAUGACAAUAAAAAAGUUCCUCGUCAACAUACCCGUCGGCAAUCGACCAUUCUACAAUUAUCAGGGCGAACAAUUGCAUCUGGACAGUAGUUUCACGUCGGUCCGACGCAGCCGUAAUCGUCGCUCCUCGUCGACAGAAUCAGCCAGUCUGAGGCAGUCAACCGAGGUGCGAAUGUCUAUGGGUGAGCCGUGGACACCGUCUAAGAGUCCUUCAAAAGAUCGCACUGAACAGGAGUUUUCAUUUGACAAGAAAAUGGAAGUAAUCGCCGAAGAUUCUCAAUCACGA